CUCCCUGGUUCUGCUAAAUUUCUCUAACACAGCACGUCUCUCGAUCCUCUCCAUGUUUUGAUGUCCGACGGAGUUCGUCGGAAAAUCUAGAGACUAGUUUCUAGCCACACGAGACGCCAAAACUCGUUUCUUUUCCGCUUUUGCGAUCAAUACGAAUGGCCCCGACCGAAUCUCGUCGCGGUUCUUGUUCCUACGGGGGAAUAGUCGGAGUAAGAUUGGUCGGGUUUUGCUUUGUUCCUGGAGGAGGGACGGUCGUCUAGCCGUCGGUUUCUGUAGGUAUUCGUCUGGGGGAGUUUGUAUCUGGCUUUUCGCUUCUCGUGUGGGUUUUGGGUUCGGCCUUGCAGCUCUUUCCGAGACAAGUUUUGGAGGGACUGGUACAGGAAGUAUCGCACAAAAGUUUCCCCCUUUUGCUCGAAAAUAGUUGACAUCACAUGGACAAUCGGUUGGAAACUUCACUCGAUAAGAUAAACAGCAAGAAGAGUGACAAGGGGGUUGAUGCUAUUAAGGAGGAUCAGCUUUCCUCAAUCGAAGUUAAGAAUGUCUCGAAACCAAUUCCAAGUUCCCCUGGAAGUAUUUGGCAGGCCAAAGUUUUUGAUCCAGAAUCUGGGGGAACUGUUGGACCGAAUGCAAUUGUUGAUGACACUGACGUUUCUGGUGAAGUAUACAUGGAAGCGUGCAUAGUUCCUGAGGAUGUAAUGAGGGCUGGAGGUUUUGGGGCCAGAGACGAUAUAAGUAGAUUUCUUCCAGUUGCCAGUGAUUCUACAGACUUUGAAGCUGCUCUGCGUGAUGCGCGGGACUAUGAGGAAUUGCAAGAGGAAGUAUGCAGACCGGGUCUUGGCUGGACAGAAGGUACACCAAGAGAAUAGCUACCUCGUCUCUAACAUUUGUGCCUGUUGAUUAGCUCAACUUCUUCUGUACUUCCACACCAUUUGCUCGAUCAACUCUCUCUUUGAUGUACUUAGUUUUUUCAGAUGCUCAAAUUUGUGUCUCCGCGUCUACUUGUGAAUGUCGUUGUAAGUUUUGUAACUAACCAGUUAUCAACUUAACUCAGAAUAAAUGAAUUUUGUCACUUGGCAGUAGCUUAGUUACAUU